AUGGCGUCGUCCGACGACGCGAAGACGAAGACGCCGGUGAUCGUCGCGCUGGAUUGGACCCCGAACGGGAACCACCUCGGGUUCUACGUCGCCCUCGACGCGGGGGUGUACGCGGACGCGGGCCUGGACGUGCGGCUCGUCUCGCCCUCCGACGCGGAUUACAAAGGGUCCUACCACACGCCGUCGGACGACGCGACGGCGAGCGACGCGACGGCGACGGCGACGCCGUACGUCACGCCGUGCUCCAAGGUCGCGGCCGGGGACGCGCACUUCGCGAUCAACUCCCCGGAGGGCGUGCUCGGGUGGAACACCGCGGACGGACGCCCGCGUCUCAAAGCGGUCGCCGCGCUGCUGCACGAUCGAAACACGAGCGCGAUCGUCACGCUGCGAUCGUCGGGCAAGGCGUCGCCGGCCGACCUCGACGGCGCGACGUACGCGUCGUACGCCGCGCGGUUCGAGGGGCGCAUCGUGCGAGAGAUCAUCCGUCACGCCGGCGGGAAGGGCGACUUCCGCGAGGUCACGCCGCCGAUGCUCGGCGUCUUCGAGACGCUCGUGAAGGGCGACGCUGACGCGACGUGGAUCUUCAAGCAGUGGGAGGGCGUCGAGGCGGUGCUCGAGGGAAUCGACCUCAACGUCUUCACCCUGCUCGAUAACGGCGUGCCGUACGCGUACAACCCGUGUCUGUGCGCGCAUCCGGAGUGGUUGCGCGCGAACGCGGCGACGGCGAGGGCGUUCCUGGAGGCCACCGCGGAGGGGUAUCGAAGAGCCGCCGACGACCCGGGCGCGGCGGCGGACGCGUUGCUCAGGCUCGCGAAGAAGCACCACCCCGAGGUCAAAAUCGGCGUGCACCAAGCGCACGCGAGCGCGGACUACCUCGCGACGAGGUUCCUAGACCCGGAGACCAAGGCGUGGGGACGCAUGGAGGCGCGCGUGUGGGACGAGUACGUGAGGUGGUUGUGGGACCGGGGGCUGCUGACGACGGGCUUGAACAGCCGGCAUCCCGACGGCGGCGCGACGUUUUCGCUGGACGACUUGCGGGACGGCAAGGCGGGGGAGAGGAUCGAUUUGGAGAGCGUGCCGACGGUGUUCACGAACGAGUACUUGCCUCCUCUGUCGUCGUCGUCGUCGUGA